CUCUCUUGGGGUAGUUAUAAAAAAUCUUUGGUAAAGCUGUAAAUUUGCAGCUGUAAGAUUUACGUUACGUAAGACUGAAAAACUUGAUUACAAUUUAAUUCCCUAACCCUCGCCUCCACAAUACAUAUUCAAAUGAACAGCACAUAUUUGUCCUAGGGCUUUCCACCCUGCAUAACACACGUUUUUUCAUACGAAAUAUAGUCAGCUGAUAUUGAAACUCUGAUUACAAUAUUGUCCGUAACUAAACGAGUCCAUAGCCUACUCCACACUGUCAUGUGAUAAGAGUAGCCUACAGAGUCGGGAAAUUGUAACGUUGUAUCCGUCGUUAUUCAACAUCAAAGGCCAGUGCAGUAGAGGGGGAUGUCCGGAUGAAAGAAAUAGCGCAACUGUACACGAAAGCAAAUCUCCAUUUGCAACAGGUGGCAGUCGAUGUCAAUUAGACAUAACACCGUAUCCUUUACCUGGCCGGCGUGCAUUACCGGGAAGAGGAACUAUACGCACUGCGGCUUCCCCUGGAGUAACCAUCACAUCAAGGAUUUCGGAAGUUCAGGAAAUCAAACGGAACUCUUUUCUGAGGUCCUCACGCUCCUCUCAUCAUCCACUUCUUCCACUCUCUAUCUCUUGUGUGUGAUUGGUGUUGUGUGUGUGAGCCAUGGCCCCCUCUCUGACCACCCUAGGGAAGCUGCCUGUGGUGCGCUGUCGGCUACUGCAGCGCUACGAGCACCAGCCCUUUGUCUCAUGCCUGGCCGGCCUCUACGGCUGUCAAUGGAGACGCUACCAGAGGACCCGCGCCAUGCCGGGAGACUGCUGCUGCAGCAAGUUGGAAUGUGCCAGCUUUGCACUCCUCAUCGUGACAUUCUGUCUCACACUGGUCUUCCUCUACUUCUGGAGUGAAGCUCAGAAUGACUACAAUGAUUUUGACUGGUUUAACUUUGGGAAUCUGGGUUUCUGGUUCCCCUGGUCUGUGGUGUUGCUCGUCAUCGCUGCUGCCUUCUUCAGCUACGUCACUCUGCUGCUGCUGUUGGCUGUGUGUCUGCUGUCAGAGGGACAGAAGCUGUACCUACACUGGGGCCACAAGAUUGGGGUCCUGGUGAGUCUAGCCUUCUCCAUUCUGGCCAUAGCAGUGCUGUCUGACCUAUGUAGCAAAGAGUGGACCACUCUUCUCCUCUCUUUCCAGGUGACGGCACCAUAUUUACACGUGGGAGGAGUCUUGCUGAUGACACUCCUGUCCUGGCCAAUAGCCUUGCAUUUCUAUGACAUCAAUAGGAAAGUGUGUCUGUGUGUUCCAGUUGGGCAGGCGCUCAUCAUGGGGCUGUACCUGGCGGUGCUGUGUGCCCUCUACCUGGUGCCCCUGGGCAUGUACUCGCCCUGCCUUAAAGAGGAGAGCACUUUGGGCCUCGCACCAGCCCUGAUCGGGCACAGAGGGGCACCCAUGCUUGCGCCAGAGAACACUCUCAUGUCCUUUGAGAAGGCGGUGGAGGCUGGAGGGCAAGGUCUAGAGACUGACGUCACCAUCAGCUAUGACGGGGUGCCCUUCCUGAUGCACGACCACACCCUGAGGAGGACCACCAACGUGCAGGAGGUGUUCCCCGACCGGACGGACGCCCCUGCGGCCAUGUUCACCUGGGGGGAGCUGGAGACCCUCAACGCCGGGGCCUGGUUCCUACAUCGUGACCCGUUCGGCACGGCUUGGUCUCUGGGUACCGAGGACCGGGCGCAGGCGCAGAACCAGUCUGUUUGCACCUUCAGGGACUUUCUGGAGCUGGCUUCGCAGAGAGGCAAACAGGUUAUCUUUGACCUCUACCGGCCCCCUAAGGGACACCCCUACAGGGACACCUGGAUCACACGCACCCUGGAGGUCAUCCAGAACGAGUCUUCCAUCCAAUCACACCAGGUGUUGUGGCUGCCCUCAGACUUGCGGAGCCUGGUCCAGCAGCUGGACCCUGACCUCCAGCAUACCUCGGCGUCCCGGGCUCCAGUUGAGGAGCUCCAGCAGAAUCACAUUGUCCAACUCAACCUGCACUAUAGCUCCAUGUCCGCAGAGAUGAUAAUUGAGUAUGCAGCGGCCAACAUCAGCACCAACCUGUAUGUGAUCAGCCAGUUGUGGCUCUACUCUCUGGCCUGGUGCACUGGGGCUCAGUCUGUCACCACCAAUGCUCUACAGUUCCUCAACAACCUCAAUAGACCCCUCUUCCUUAUGACUCCAGAUGAGUACAAUCUGAUGUGGGUCCUCACCGACGUGGUGUCCUUCACCAUCAUCUUCAUCAUCUUCAUCUUCCACUGGUGGCGAGAACAACGCCUGGCUUUCUUUUCGGGCAGCAAACCCACACUAGAACAUGGCACCUACAUCAAGUUCAGGACAGAUGUGUGGUCCGUCUCCAGUGUCAACAUCCUGGGAGAGCCCGCUCGAAGCCCGCUGGCCACUGAGCCUAACUUGGCAACCGUCUCAGAGCACUGAUAACCAAUCAAUCAACCUCCUCUGUGAGGCUCAGUUGAAGCAAACCACUCCUCACUCUCCCUUUCAACUUGGCAACUUCCCGGACCCCAAACUGGCAACUCACCAGAAUCGACCCAACCUGGAAACCCAGGACAUUACUGGAAACCGAGAGCACAACCUGGCAACCCCCUGUAGAUUUGUGUGAGAGAAUGAGACACAAAGAGAAUGAGAAAUAGUUAAAUGGUGUGAGUGAGGCCUAUCGGAGCUGUAGGUGGUGCUGAUGUGUCACUUGCAGAAGGGAUUUCAUUGGAUAGAUAAUAAUCCUUAAGACAGGGCUGCCCAACUCUCUUCCUGGAGGUUGGGUUUUCAGUUCAACCCUAAUUUAACACACCUGAUUCUACUAAUUAGCUGCUCAACAAGACCUUAACUAGCUGAAUCAAUAGGGUUGGACUGAAAGUAGGGUUGGACUGAAAACAUACAGGACAAGUAGAUCUCUAGGAAGAGGGUUGGGCAGCCCUGCCUUAAGUCAAAUGUGACUGAAGAACAGCCCAGACAACCACAAGGAUCAACCGACUCAUUGUUCAUACUACAGACACCAUCUGGUGGUGGGAAGAGAUUACUACACUAUUGAACCAGGUCCUUUGAGAUGUAUUACUUACUCACUGAAUUAAUAUAACAAGAAAAGUGACUGUCCGCUGUAGAUAUUCUCAACUUGUAUUACCCUCCAUUGUCCAUAGGUUCCUUUCCAUUUCAGCAGCCACUGCAGUGUUGAGUUACGUGAACCACAAAUGCUUGACCAUUUUGUUAGUGUGUGAGAGUAGUGGUCGAUAAGAUGUGUGAAUAUGACCAGACCGGGGUUCAAUUAGUAUGUGUUUGUUUUCUUUUGAAAUACUUUAGCUGUGCUUGAUUGCCCUUUCCUGGCAUAAGGGAACCAAUGAAGAAGUCCCAAAAAAUGCACUCUGCCCAUCUGGGAUCUGGCACUCCAAUCAAACUGUCUCAAGCUUCGUUUAUACCUGCCGCUUACAGGCAUCCUGUGUCCUGGUCUUGUCCACAUUCAGAUUGUGCCCAGAUUUUCAGUCUACACAUGGUAUUAAAAUGUAUCUUAUGUGACCAGAUUUCCUGGUCAUUCCCUGUAAGUCAAUUAUUUGACAGAUAUUCUUUCAGAAUUGUUUAUUUAUUCACAUAUUGAUGCCAUAAAGCAAUGGUCCCACCUGUGAAUGGUUUUAGAGAGUGGGGUAAUGAUGAUUUAAAUGAUUUCACUGUCCAGAUCUGUCUACACUUGUAAGGCUGCGUUUAGAUAGGAAGCCCAAAUCGGAUCUUUUUUUCCACUAAUUGGUGUUUUGACCAAUCAGAUCAGCUCUUUUUACCUAUAAUUGGGCAACAUUUCAGAAUUGGGCUGCCUAUCUAAAUGCAGCCUGCGUGCCUGAGGCCGUGUCUAGACUUGACAGUUCAUGCAGGUUUAGUAUUCUGAUCAUAGAGUUCUGAUCAUGGAAUUCCAAACGCGUCAUGCGUCUACACCUACAUUGAAAUAUGUCUACCGUGUCCGGAUUCCCUUUUCCCGCGCUAUAUUCAAAUGCCAGUAUGCAUUCUACAAACGAUGGAAUAGGGAUAAUAUGAUAGCUACUGCCAUCAGUCGUGUUAACUACUGUAGCUAGCUAGCCAGCAAGCAACGCAAAAUGAAUUGCAAACGGAUUAGCAUAACACUGGCCAAAAAAAAACAACGUUAUAAUGAAAAGGUCCCAAAAGACAGGUUUUCUGGAGACUUGUGGGAGGAGUGCUGAUGACGUUACCCAUUGUAUGCACUUUCAGCAGCCUGAUACGUCCAGACUGAGGAGAAAUCCGCCUCCUGAAGUGGUGAGCCAGAUCUGAACACAAUCAGACCACAAAGCGACAUUUGUGCAUCUAGAGACCCAUCUUUUCAAUGCGAUCUUCCUAUUCUGAUAGCAGAAGUCAUGUAAGUGUCAAGUGUAGACACGACCUGACUACCUCCGGAGGUGGGCAGGAACAUCUGAUCACAAUGUAUUUUGAUUGUCAACACCUGUUUGAAAAUGUGGACACAAUCAGAAUAUGGAGAAGAUCAGAACAAAGGACGCAUGUUGGAACCAGGUAUAAACAGCGCUGAAGUAUCACAAAUAAAAAUGAGUACUAUUAGAACUCCAGUUUGGAUAUGACAUGAUAAUCCUCUUUUUAUGUCUGGAGAUAAAUUAAUGUGUUUGAGUGGUUGUGGUCAAUGUUUAUAAGUACUUAUCACUUUAUUGAGCAUAAGGCAUUGUAACGAGGUGACGUCCAUAGAACUUUGCAACUUAUAAUCACUGCAACGACAAGUGACCUAUAGAGAACAAUUACACUGUAUUUCCACGGUCCAUAUAUCUAUAUAUUUUAUAUGGUUCAUAUUGAGGUCAUUGUUUUUAACAAAUUUGUUUAGACUUUUCAACACAAAUGAAAAUCCUUCUGGCAAGGAAAAAAAAAGCAAAUGUACAAUAUUUUGUCCUUUUAGCCAAAU